CGUCAGUUUUCUUUGUGCCGUUCGUUGGGCCCAGUCGUGCUGGCCGACUCGUUGUUCGCUCGCGUCUCUCGCGUCAGUGUCUUGUGUGGUGUGUAAUUAAGAUGUAUACUUAUGGAAUCUUUUGAGUGACUUAUUACCUACAGGAACCGAUGGGAACGACGACCAUCGGAUUUGGUAGCAGACCGACUUUAUUCAGCUGAUGACUAGGCAAAGGCUUUCGAUCCUAUUUUUACCCUCUCCAAAAUUAUUACGCUCCAUCAAAUUAAAAUUUUAUUAGUUGCAGUUUCUAUCCUACAGCCAAUACUAAUAGGCAUAGGAUUGUUUUCCUUGUGUUUCAAAAUCCAAAAACUAACUUAACCCAUCCGUAUAAAUUGGCUUGACAAGGGUAUUUCCAAGAGCAAGAUCUGUAGACCCUAUCUUAAGCUUAUGUUGGUCCUCUCUGAUAACUUAGUAGUUCUCAGUAAAUUAAGUAAGCCUGAGUAAAUAAGUAUUUUUAUUCCAUUAUUACUUCAAAGUGCAAGGGGUAUCUUGCCAGAAUUUUCUUUAAAUCUUCAACGGACUUCUUCUCUUUCGAUUCACCCUUUCUCCUGCCUCAUGUCUCAGGUCGGAGGGUCAGUUGUCUAGUUUGCCCCCGUGAUCUGUCAUGGCAGUUGUUGGCCCUAGUAGGCAUUCAAGGCUGCAAGUGUCUAUGAGUGUGAUGCCAGGAGCGGGGGCGGCGGGCCACCAACAGGCCAUUUUGGCUGCCGCUCAACCAUAUUAUCAUCCUCAACAUGCUGCACACCAACCUUCAGCCACCCCUCAGGAUGUGCAACCUGACAGACCAAUUGGAUAUGGUGCUUUUGGAGUCGUAUGGGCGGUGACGGAUCCCAGAGACGGACGGAGAGUCGCCCUCAAGAAACUCCCCAACGUCUUUCAAAGCCUCGUGUCGUCGAAGCGCGUGUUCCGCGAGCUCAAGAUGUUGUGCUUCUUCAAACACGAAAACGUUCUGUCAGCCUUGGACAUCCUGCAACCACCACACAUUGACUUCUUCCAAGAGAUAUACGUGAUCACCGAGCUACUACAGAGCGACCUACACAAGAUCAUAGUGUCGCCCCAGUACCUGUCGCCCGACCACAUCAAAGUCUUCCUCUACCAGAUCCUCAGAGGACUAAAAUACCUACAUUCAGCCAGAAUUCUACACAGAGACAUAAAGCCCGGCAACCUUCUUGUUAACAGCAAUUGUGUUCUAAAGAUCUGUGACUUUGGCCUGGCACGUGUAGAGGAGCCGGACCAGUGCAAGAACAUGACUCAGGAGGUGGUGACUCAGUACUACCGAGCCCCAGAGAUCCUCAUGGGUGCCAGACACUACACGGCCGCAGUAGAUGUGUGGAGUGUCGGAUGUAUCUUUGGUGAACUGCUUGGUCGCAGAAUAUUGUUCCAAGCGCAAAGUCCAGUACAACAGCUGGAGCUGAUAACAGAGUUACUUGGCACACCAUCACUAGAAGACAUGAGACAUGCGUGUGAAGGUGCCAGAUCUCAUAUGUUGAGACAGAGAGUCAAGCCUCAGUCGCUGUCAGCUCUGUACACUCUCUCCUCCCAGGCCACUCAUGAGGCUGUGCAUCUCCUUUGUCAGAUGCUUGUCUUUGACCCGGACAAGAGGAUCAGUGUAGUAGACGCACUGGCUCACCCGUACCUAGACGAGGGUAGGUUGCGCUACCACUCGUGCAUGUGCAAAUGCUGCUUCACGAGUCCCAACGCGAUGCGGCAGUAUACCACGGAGUUUGAGCCUGUUACGCCUCAUCCUUUUGACGACCUGUAACGUAAACUUACAUCUGUGCAGCAGGUCAAAG